AUUUUGGCUCGUGUGCCCGUUUUCUAGUGUUUUAAAACUUUUGGGUUUGUGCAGUAAGGAGUCGAUUUUUGUGAUUUAGUUUACUCCGAAUUAAGGAGGAGGGGCACCAUGACGCUGAUCAGUGUUUCUGCGGUAGUUAAAACGAAUGUUCCUCGACAAUCUAUAAAGAAAGAUUUCUUAAGCAAAUUUACGGAGUACUUAUGCGAUACAUAUAAAACGGAAUCUAAGAGAGUGAUAGUUGAAAUCCACGCCGACACUCCGAUGAUGAGGGGUGGUUUAUCUGCCCCCAUGAUGAACAUUGAAUUCUACCACAACUGUGACAUCAUCUCACAAACCACAAAACAGAAAUAUGCCACGGGAAUGGCUAAGUUUAUGGCGGAUGAGCUCCGUAUGCCUGUAGACAGAGUCCUAGUUUUAUUCUUUGACACAAGAAAAUGCACAUGAUGAAAAAUGGGUUGUCCCACUGGACGUAAACUGCAUGUUUUAUGGUCAAUUCCCCACAAUAGCAUGUUUGUUGUACACUUAUUAAAAUCGUUUACUAAAUCAA